AUGGUUCUGCCGUUUCGUUUUUCUUCCAGCCAUCACCGGCCAUUCUGGCGCGACAGGGUCGAGCGGUUAAGGCUGGAGGGGUUGAGGGGUAGUUCCUUCAUGCGGCACCUGUACGCGGACUCGGGAGACUACUUCGGAGCGUGGCAGCGCAUCGACGUCCCGCUGCACGUGUCGGCGGAGUACUGCCUGGUUCUCGACCACGACACGCUCUUCAGCCGACCCGUCCGCUUCUGGGACUUCAGCGCCAGGUUCACGCCGAAAUUAGCCUUCUCGACUGACCUGGAAGAGCGGUCUCGCAGUCCACUGAACGCGGGUGUCACUUGGAUGAACAUCCCCUUCAUGCGGGAGUCGCUGCCUGCGUUCCAUUCAUUCAUCUUCAACCACACCAGAGCAGAAUUCCAAAAUCUGACCUCCCACAGCGGGGCCUACCUGGAAUUCUACGGUCGCGAAGUCAAGUUCUUGCCGCAGAGAUUUGCCAUGAAGCCAUACUUCCGGAACACGAGAGAUUGGAAAGACAAAUCUUUAAUUCAUUUCAACGGCUUGAGGCCGCACGACUUGUUGCACUAUUGGUUCACAGGCUCGUGCGAGCCCGAAAAGUGUUACUUGAUAUUCAGAUUCGAUUGGCAUCGCUACUUGAACCAGUGCGCUUGCAUUCAAUUGUGGGGAGCCGCAGCGACGCGUGAAGGGGCAAGCAUCGUGGACAACUAUUGCAGGAACGCCGUGCCGAAUCAAUCCUUGUCGUGCCUCGGCGCCUUUGAGCGGCUCCGCGGGGUAGAGCACGAGGCAAACUCAUCGAUUUGUGAUGAGUUCAUCAGAAAAGUAUCCACCCACAACGUCUGCACUGCAGAGACUGCUUCC